GAUUAAAGGAAAAAAAAAGAGAAUCUCUCCUUAGUUGGGAUAAAUAAAAAGAUAAGGUAAUGAAAAGUAUUGUGUGUAUACUGGCCUCACACUGUGAUGCUUUAACUAAAAUUCCCUGAAAGCAAAUGAAAAAUGAACACAACCAUGCUCUGUAGCUACCCAAAACACUUCACUCCCCUCCCAAUACAACUUUUCUCCAAAUCUCAACAUCGCCAUGUAGUUCGUUUUCCCAUCAAAUGCAGCAGCAGCAGUGAUAAUGGCAACGAAUCGCAACCCGUUACACCACCAAACACGGUGGAGAUUCGAAUCAGAAGACGUCCGUCAAAACGACAAAGGCAGAAGGAAGAAGAAAUGAUAAAUGCAGGGAAACAAGCUGUUAAACCUAAACCUCCACCAAAGGAUUGGGAAUCAAUGAAUCUAACUGAGAAGGCAAUUGAAUUGUACGUUGGAGAAAAAGGACUUUUGUUCUGGCUAAACAAAUUUGCUUAUGCUUCUAUUUUUAUUAUAAUUGGGGGUUGGAUACUUUUUCGAUUUGUUGGUCCUGCAUUUGACCUUUACCAGUUGGAUACUCCUACUCCUCUUGCUCCUGAAUCUAUGUUUAAAGGUACAGGAGACAAACCUUGAUCCACUGGAAAGCUCAAGUUUGAGAUCAUCAGAAGAAAUUUUUCCCCUCUUUGCUUUAAUUAGUCCAAUUUUUUGUAACUUGAAAGUUAUUAGUACUACUAGAUUUAAGCAAAUAAUUGGAUACUAUAUGUUUUUGUUA